AUGUCGUUCGGAUUUGCUGUCGGGGACUUCAUCACUAUUGGAAAACUGAUAAAAGAAACCAUCAGCUGCCUACGGUCUGUGGAUGGGGCUGAAUCGGAGUACCAGGAACUGGUCAGAGAUCUCAAAGCACUCGAUACAUCACUAUACUACCUUGGCCACAUCGAUAACGAAAUGAAUACAUUUGCUCAUAUCAGCCCGAUCAAGACUGCUGCUACGACUUGCAGGCUACGACUCGAAGGAUUCCUGUCAAGGAUACAGAAGUAUGAAAGAUCUAUGGGAUCCACAAGACACGCAUCUACUUUGAGGACUACGUCAGAUAAGCUUGGUUGGCAUUUUGGCCAGAAAGACCAAAUCAAACAGCUCCGACAAGACAUUCAUAUCUGCCACAGUAUUAUCAGCCUACAUCUGGCCCAACACAGUCUCGAGCGCCUGGAUGUUCUACGUGCAACAACCGAGAUCGACUUUUCGCAUACCUCUGAGCAGCUCUAUCAAACCCAGACCGCUCUUGAGCACAUCAAAAAAGAAAAUCUUAGCCAGGCAGUCAAGCUGAAUCAUGUACAAACGUUAGUGCAAGACAUACAUCAGUUCGUCAUUGGUGACAUCAAAUCGUAUUUGAUUCGUCUCCUCCAGCUCAUCAGCAGUACCUUGUACGUACCAUGA